AUGACUGUGCCGGCGACAAGAUCUCGGAAUCCUGGCGCCGUUUGGACCUCCGACACGAGCCAAGAGCCUUGGAAGACGGCCUUGGGGGGUCAUGCUUUUUUCUGCCUCGACGCUGGAGGAGGGCAGUCAUGCAGGCCUGCAACACGCAAACUUAUCCGCCGCUCCACUUGCACCUGUCAGCACGUCCAUCCUUCUUUUCUCGCCAUCGCCAUCGCCAUCGCCAUCGCCAUCGCCGCGUCGACACAGCAUAGCAGACGGACUUGGGCUGGCUCGCUCUUCCACCACCUCGACCUCAACUCCCCGCUGGUCGGUUCAUCUCUCGCCAUGGUGCGCUCACUCGUUCGCACCUGGAGCUCGGCUUCAUCGCUGGUGCUGGCGCUCACGACGCUACUGCUCGCGUGCGUGCCUGGCGCGUCGGCAGCGCGUGGUGGGAUUGGAGGCACGCAGAUGCUCUAUACCUCUUCGGCCGUCUACUGCAGUCCGCCAGAAGCCAUCCUGAUCUCGGCGUUGGACCUCAAGUUUUACCGCGAGAACCGCACGCUCGAGUUUGACCUUUCGGCCGCCUCGGUGCAGGAGGAUUUGCGCGUGUCGGUGUCGGUCAACGUCAACGCCUACGGCCUCGGCCUCUUUUCGCUCGCCAUCGACCUGUGCGACACGAUCUCGGUGCUGUGUCCUUUACCCACCUACCAGUUCCAGGGCGCCGGCAUCUUUUCGGUGCCCGAGCAGUUUGUCUCGCAGAUUCCCACCAUCGCAUUCACCGUGCCCAACCUCGAGGCGGUGGCGACGGUGGAGCUGACGGACGCCAACAACACCGUCGUAGGAUGCGUGCAGGCGACGCUCUCCAACGGCAAGACCACCUUCCAGCCUGCUGCCAAGUGGGCGGUUCUCGGCGUGUUUGCACUCGCCGUGGUCAGCUCGGUUCUGCACACCUCGCUCGCUUCGAGCCUCGGCGCAGCCCAGUGGCGCGUGGUGGACGUCUUGACCACCAUCCAGCACAUCCCCAUGUCGGCGCUGCUCAGCCUCAACUAUCCGCAGGUCUUCACCGAGUUCGCGCGCAACUUUGCAUGGUCCAUCGGCCUGAUCAACAUCUCUGCCAUUCAGGACUCGAUCCUGUCGACGCGCGAAAAGACGGGCGGCGCGCGCGAUGGCACCUUUGGCGCCUUGCUCCAGGCCGAGAGCGGCAAACAGUUCAACCCUUUUACCAGCGCAGGAACCUCGUCGGGCGCCACCUCGGCAUUCACCUCUUGGCGACCGUUUUCGUUUCUCACGCUUCCGCAAAGCGGCGAGAGCAGCAUGCAGUCGCUCAACGCCGGCAAGGAGGGCGCAUACGCUGCAUUCGGACGCUUGGCAGCGCCGCUGAGCUUCCGUAUGCGCAAUCUGGGCAAGCGUCAGGUGUAUGCGCCCUACACUGGCCCUGGCGGCCAGAUUGCGUCCAACGCAGGUUCAUCCUACCUGCCCGUCAUCUCGUCCAACACGCCGCCUCCCAUUGGGCUGGGCUACUUUGCGGAGCUCAACAACAUCUCUCCCGCCAGCGCCUUCCUCACGGUGCUGGUCAGCCUCGCAAUGGUGUUUGCCGCACUGCUCGUCAUCUGUGUGGCAGUGUACGUACUUGCGGCGCUGCUGCGACUCGUCACUCGCCGACGAGGCGGACGUGUUGCUGCGUGGUCGAGGCGACUCACCGGCGGCUGGUUCUUGGGCAUGUUCUGCCGGCCUCUGUUUGGACGCUUCGUGAUGGCGACGUUCCAGGUGUACCUCGUGUUUGCGUUUUGGCAGUGGCUGCGCGGCGACUCGUGGGUGCCGGACCUGCUGGCUGCGGUGUUGCUGGUGGUGUACCUGGGCGGUAUUGCUGCCAUCUACUUUCCCGUGUUCAGGGCGGUGCGAAGGGAUGGCAAGCAGGAGCUGUUUUACGGCUCGACGCCGCCUGCCAAUGCGCCAGGCACGGCGAAACGGUGGGGCGCGAUCGCACAUCCGUUCCGACCUCGGUACUUUUGGUUUGGGCUGGUGUUUGGGCUGGUGUACUUUGUGCGCGCGUGCUUCAUCAGCUUUGCGCAGGGGUACGGACACGGGCUACGACAGUCGAUCGGAUUGGCGGCGACGGAUCUGCUGUUCUUCCUGGUGCUGUGCAUCUGCAGGCCGGGUCGCGACAAGACGAGCGACUUUGUGAUGAUCUUUCUGAUGGUCUUCCGCGUGAUUUCGUGGGGGAUCUGCAUCGCGCUCACGCCGCUGGCGGAUAUCCAGACGAUCCCACGCGUGGUGCUCGGCUUUGCCUUGAUCGUGGUGACGGGCAUCCCCAUCAUCUUUUUGUUCCUGCUGACGGUCUGGGAUCUCAUCUCGCCGUUCAUUCGAAGGCGCCAGUGGAACGCGACGAGGCUGGGCGAUUCGGAGCUCAACGACAAGUCGACGUACGCCUUUGGCAAUGUCGGCACGGGCGAGGGUGCUGCAUCGGAGCCCUUGUCCAGUGACUCGUCCGACAACGCAGGAUCACCAUCGCAUCUCAGCCCGUCGUCGACGGUGCCCCAGCGCAAGAGCUCGCUGUCACGAGGCGAGGCCGACUCGGGCGCUGCAGCWGCUGCUGCUGCUGGCGGUGCGGCGCUGCGUCCGCAGCCCACGCAGCAAAACUCGACCGCCUCGGGCGUGUCGGGACAGACGGUCUACUACGACGCCCGUCCGGCGCCAUAG